AUGUCGUAUCCUCAGGGCUACUUGUACCAGCCGUCUGCCUCCUUGGCUCUCUACUCGUGCCCGGCGUACAGCACCAGCGUGAUUUCCGGACCCAGGACCGAUGAACUUGGGAGAUCUUCUUCGGGCUCCGCUUUUUCCCCUUAUGCCGGAUCUACCGCCUUCACCGCCCCGUCCCCGGGUUACAACUCGCACCUCCAGUACGGCACGGACCCGGCCGCCGCCGCCGCCGCCGCCUUCACUUCCUACGUGGGCUCUCCCUACGAGCACCCCCCGGCCAUGGCGGGCUCCCUGGGCUACCACCCGUACGCGGCGCCGCUGGGCUCCUAUCCCUACGGGGAUCCCGCGUACCGCAAGAACGCGACGCGGGACGCCACGGCCACGCUCAAGGCCUGGCUCAACGAGCACCGCAAGAACCCGUACCCCACCAAGGGCGAGAAGAUCAUGCUGGCCAUCAUCACCAAGAUGACCCUCACCCAGGUCUCCACCUGGUUCGCCAACGCGCGACGGCGACUCAAGAAGGAGAACAAGAUGACCUGGACCCCACGGAACCGCAGCGAGGACGAGGAGGAGGAGGAGAACAUCGACCUGGAAAAGAACGACGAGGACGAGCCGCAGAAGCCGGAGGAGAAGGGGGACCCUGGCUCUCCGGACGCAGGAACGGCGGAACCCAGGGCCGCGCCGGGCUGCGAGCGUCUGCAGGAGCCCCCCAGCCCGCGGGAGGCCGAGGCCGGCCUCAGCGACUCGGAUUGCAAGGAGCCGCCGGAGGAGCGGCUCGACGGGCCGCCCAAAGCGCCCGGCGCUUCCCCGCUGGGGCCGUGCCCGGGGGGCCGCGGUCCGGGCCCCGAGGAGCCCCUGCCGUUCCGGCCGCCCUCCGCCGCCGCGGGGCCGCCGCACGUCGCCGAGCCGCACCCGCUGCCGCCCGCCGCCGCCUCCGUCAUCCACUCGCCGCAGCAGGCGGCCCUCGCCAAGCCCAAGCUCUGGUCGCUGGCCGAGAUCGCCACCUCGGCGGACAGGGCGAGGGAGGCGGGCGGCGAAACGGCGGCCCCCGGCCCCGCCGUGCUGGGAGGCAGCGGCCCCCCGCGCCCCUCUCCGCCGCGGCCCCGCUCGCCGCCCGCGCAGUGCCCCUUCCCCAACGGGGCGGUCCUGCCGCGGCCGCUCUACUACACGGCGCCCUUCUACCCCGGCUACACGAACUACGGCUCCUUCGGGGCCCUGCACGGGCACCCCGCCGGCGGGCCCGCCGCGCCCGGCGCCGCCUUCAAUGGAUUAAACCAGACUGUGCUGAGCCGGGCCGAGGGGCUGGGGAAGGAGCCCAAGGCGGCCAGGAGCCAGCCCCAGGCGGAGCUCGGCAAGGACUCGCCUUACGAACUGAAGAAAGGUAUGUCCAGCAUUUAA